GCGCGUGCGUGUGUGUGUGCAUCAGAUCAUCACCACCACCAUCAUCAUCAUCACCAUCAUCACCAUCACCACCAUCAUCAUCAUCAUACCACGCAGCACACUCGGACCGAGCGCUAUUAAUGCAUUGUGCUCAGCCACAGGACAACACACACACACAACAACACAACAACACAACAACAAACACACACACGCACGCGCGUGCACACACACACACGCACGCGCGCGCGCGCAGGCGACGCUGUUUGUUGUUGACUGUUGCACUUCUUAAGUGCAACAGUUAACAACAACAACAACAACCACAACCACUCUGACACAUGCGGGCAGACAGUGGUGGUGUUGGUGGUGGUGGUGUGUGCCGAGUGUUGCCACAGCUGUGAGCCAAGCGAUCAAUUGGCUCCCUCCACACUCACACACAUCCCAUUCAUCCCACACCACACAUCCCACACCACACAUCCCACACAUCCCAACGCAUCCCACGGCUCCCAACACAGGCGUGCCACCGGGACACCCCAAGCCUGCAUCCGAGAAGAGACACGGAGCAGAGCAAAAUGGCUUCGAAGUCAACUUGGAGUGAUGCCUCCUUUGUCGAAAGUGGCGUCAGCGGCCGAAACAACAGCACCAGUAGCAGCACCAGUAGCACCAGCAGCGAUGGAUCUGGCUCAGAGUUGCCACUCGUGUCAAUCAAAUCCGUAGCUUGCACCACCACCACCACCACGGCCACCACCACCACCACCAAGAGGCUGGUGGUGGUCGCUCUGACCCUCGUGCUGCUGCAACUGCUCGCGACCGCCAGUUUCGUUGGCUACUUCACGCUCUCCCUGCAGAAGGUGCGUCAGGAAUCCGCGACGAAGCUGCAAAAAUGCCUCUCGUUGACCGACAGCGACGACCUCUUGUGCCAAGAAUUCCUCUAUUACAUGGACAAUCAUAUCGCAAAGAAAUCAAGAGAAAUCAUGUCAAGCCAACUUGGUGACCCGAUUGCAGCAUCGUCGUCGAAUCCUGCGUCCCCAUUGGGCGGUUUGGGUCACACGGCCUCCAGAAAACGGCCGAUCGCUCACGUGACGGGCAAGCAACCGCGGGAUGCCACCGUUACGCAACUUCGUGAAGGCGAACACCUGCAGAAGCUGCUGGGUGCUCAGAGCGGCAAGGUGCUGUACAGCUGGGAGGAGAAGCUGGGCUCGGUCCACGUGCAGCACAUGGACUUCACAGGCGCGACGCUCACGGCCCGGCAGCACGGCUCCUACUACGUCUACGCACAGACCUACUUCCGCUUCAGCACGCGGCAAGGGGACUCGCACAGGGGCCAUCACGAGGCCUCCGGUCCCGCAUCCGAUUUGUCGGCCCGCCAGCGGCAGGUCCAGACGAUGGUGCUCUACCUCUACAAGCGCACAGACCACUACCCCAAGCCCCUGCUGCUCGCCAAAGCGGCACAGACCAAGUGCUGGUCGGCCUCCGCCCAGUACGGCCUCCACUCUGUGCAACUGGGAGGCGUGUUCUCGCUGCGCCGAGGCGACCAGCUCUUCAUCGCCGUGUCCGACCCGACGCUCGUCGACUUCGACCCGGAGGCCAGCUUCUUCGGAUCCUUCCUCCUCGAGUGACGCGAAGCGGCGGCAAAGAAAUGAGUUCGAGGCUGAGCCUAAGCGGGCGCUGUGGUGGUGGUCUCGUUGGGUCUGGUGGUUGGUGGUGGUUGGUGGUGGUGGUGGUGAGGUGGUAGGAGGAAGAGGAGAUGGCACCUUGAGAAAUCUAAAAACCACCGCCCUCCCCGCCGCCCGCCGCCCGCCGCCCGCAAGUUUCCCAUCUUCUGGUGUGAGAGACUCGGUGAUGUGGGGUGGAGUGGAGUGGUGUGGGGUGGAGUGGGGUGGUGUGGGGUGAGAGUAGGAGGAAAAGGUGGCACCUUGACUAAGCCAAAACGGCCACACCAUCCCCUCCCCGCCGCCCAACCAGGUUACCCAUCUUCUGGUGGUAGAGGCCCUUCGGGGUGGAGUGGAGUGGGAGGAGGAGGAAGAUGCGGCACCUUGAGAAAGCCAAAAACCGCCACAUCCUGCCCUGCCCUGCCCUGUCCUCCCCGCCGCCCAGAGGUUUCCCAACUUGUGGUGGAAGAGCCCCUUCUGGGUGGAGUGGAGUGGAGUGGGAGGAGGAGGAGGAAGAUGCGGUACCUUGAGAAAGCCAAAAACCACCACAUCCUGCCCUGCCCUGUCCUCCCAGCCGCCCGCCACCCAGAGGCUUCCCAACUUGUGGUGGAAGAGGCCCUUCUGGGUGGGGUGGAGUGGAGUGGAGUGGGAGGAGGAGGAAUAGGCGGCACCUUGAGAAAGCCAAAAACCACCACAUCCUGCCCUGCCCUGUCCUCCCCGCCACCCAGAGGUUUCCCAACUUCUGGUGGAAGAGGCCCUUCUGGGCGGGGUGGAGUGGAAGGGAGGAGGAGGAAGAUGCGGUACCUUGAGAAAGCCACCAAUAUCUUCACACUCCCUCCUCUCCCCUCGCAUCCGCCCACCAGAUUUCCCAACUUCUGUUGGAAGAGGCCACGUCAUGUUCCGUUGCCAGUAGGCGUCGUCAAUCGACCAAUCGGGGCGGUGUCGCGAUCGAUCGAUCGAUCUGUCGAUGGUGGAGGGUGUCGCGAUCGAUCCAUCGAUGGUGGAGGGUGUUGUGAUCGAUCGAUGGUGGGUUGGUGUCGCGAUAGAUCGAUGGGGGUGUAGCGAGCGAUUGAUCAAUGGGGUUGUCGCGUUUUGAAAGAUCCGGCCCUGCGUCCGAGGGCAGCAGCUGCUGCAUCUUCCCAUGCAGGUUUUUGGGAGGUACUCUGGGGUGUGGUGUGUGGUGUGGUGUGGAUAUGCUGUGUGGUGUGGGUAUGGUGUCGUGUGUGGUGUGGUGUGGGUAUGGUGUGGUGUGUGGUGUGGAUGUGGUGUGGGUCUGAUGUGGGUGUGGUGUGGUGUGUGGUGUGGGUGUGGUGGUGUGGAUAUGGUGUGGGUGAGAUGUGGGUUGGUGUGGUGUGGGUCUGAUGUGGGUGUGGUUUGGGGGAGAUGUGAGUCGGUGUGGUGUGGUGUCGGUGUGGUGGUGUGGGUAUGGUGUGGGUGAGAUGUGGGUUGGUGUGGUGUGGGUCUGAUGUGGGUGUGGUUUGGGUGAGAUGUGAGUCGGUGUGGUGUGGUGUCGGUGUGGUGGUGUGGGUAUGGUGUGGGUGAGAUGUGGGUUGGUGUGGUGUGGGUCUGAUGUGGGUGUGGUUUGGGUGAGAUGUGAGUUGGUGUGGUGUGGUGUCGGUGUGGUGGUGUGGGUAUGGUGUGGCUGUGGUGCCACACCAGGGCGCUACCAUCAGAAUGGUAGGGGGUCUGCGUGGGGCGGGGGGGGGGCAGCCCCCCUUUUCCCUCCCCCCUCACCCCCCGGCCUUUCUCUCCGCAAUGACGUUGACUCUGAACGAUCGCUCCGUUUGCGCCGACCCAAUGUUAUCCGAUUACUUUGACUCAAUAUUUUAUAUUAUCUCCUCCUACCCCCUCCCCCACCACGCUUAACACUAACCGAUCUUUUUUGCACUUUAACAAAAACCGAACACAGACAGACAAAGAGGCUCUAACGUUUGGCGAAACGUGCGUGGCACUACUUUUUUAAAAAUACAUAUUUUUUCCGGGUGGGGCGUCGGUUGUCGAGAAACAAUAUGGCCGACGUGCCACGUGGCCUCGAAGAGCUCCACGUGGCCCUGGGGAGUCGCUCGUACCACGUGAUCUUAUCGUUUUUUACAGGUGACAAAAUGUUCGCCUUUUGGCAUAGUCCUCUGGUCUAACAAUGCUUGAGACUAGGCUCUAAAGAAAGCUGUCUCUGGUGUUGACCAAUCGGAUUCAAAGACAAUGCAUAAUAUACUACCAGAGCAUGUUUUUUAUUUUGCAUUUUCACCACAAGUACUGUGUGAUUAAUGCAGACAUGAUUCCUUGCAAAAGAUUUCUAUUUUAUUGCCAGAAAGGUAAAACCUAUUCUUAAAUUCUGAUAACAAAAUGUAUAUUUCACUGAAUGCGCAUGUGACACGGUCACGUGCUAAAGAACCAAUCGCGUGAUUUCUGGAGCCACGAUUCUGUUUUUAAAAAUCCCGCACCCUAUAUACAGUCCCAAUACAUUGUGUUAAUGUACGUGACAGUAGGAACGCUGGUUUUAAAUGCUUUCGGGAUGAUAUUGGCAGUAUAAAAUCGAAUAAUACUGAGAAUCAUUAAAAUGUUAUAUUUGUUUUUUUCAUAAUGGUUAGAGGUGGGCAUGAAAAGUGAGUUCAAAUGAAACUACAAACCAUUGGCUUCAUGCGUGGAACAAUGGCAGGCAUAACCUGUAGCAAAACAUAGUUUGUCUCUCGACAUUCAUCGCAAAACUGUAUAAAAGUACAGCAGAUACACAUAUAUUGGUUUGCUGUUGUUCCACAUCCCACCUGACCACGAAGGGUCGUUUCAUCAGUCGUCAUUGCUCUGUCGGGCAAUGAUGCUAUUAACGACACAUUGUAUAUUUUAUAAGCGAUCUAACCCCCCCAAAAAACCCUCUAUUAUGGAUAACAUCGCAACUACUACUUAAUAUGCGUUAAACCAUCAUUGUAACGUUCAUUUGAAUGGAUUCAUUGUAAAUAUAAAACAAAUAUCUAAAUCUGCGGCAAUGUUUUUAAACCAGAGACUUGGAAUGUCGGCACGGUCUGCAUUACGCUAAUUUAGGACGCAAAGGUAAACGAAUCAGGACUUUUAUCUGAGCGUACGUUUUUCUAUUUUUUGUGCCCGUGUAAAAAUGUGUAAUGUGUAUAAAUAUAUAUUUUUUACGUGCGUGUUCAAAUCAAAUAAAGGAGUUCAAAUGCGA